GAGUUUGCAUGUCGUCGAAUCGACGUCGAUUAUGACCUCGAACUUUGCAGUAAGAAUGGCUACCUCUCAUCCCCCGGAAGCUUUAUCCGUUCUUUCUCUCAACCAUCAUGUCCACUGCUGAAGGAGGUGUUGAAAUCCAUUCGGUGCCCAAGGCAUCCAGCCCAAGCAAUGUGAAGCUCAAUAAAUACUCGUCACAGCUGACCCAAAACAAGGCUCGAGGAGGAGCCCAGGCCAUGCUCUAUGCCGUUGGCUUGACCGAGGAGGAUAUGGACAAACCUCAGAUCGGUAUCUCGCCGAUUUGGUGGGAAGGCAACCCAUGUAACUCUCAUCUUCUAGAUUUGGCCAAGCACAUCAAGAAGGGCUGUACGCAGGAAGGUUUGGUUGGCUUGAUCUUCAACACCAUUGGUGUCAGUGAUGCUAUUACUAUGGGUACCGAUGGAAUGAGAUACUCGUUACCGAGUCGUGAUCUCAUUGCGGACUCCAUUGAAGCUGUCAUUAAGGCCCAACAUUAUGAUGCCAAUAUCUCUGUUCCUGGAUGUGACAAGAAUAUGCCUGGUUGUGUUAUGGCUGCUGUUCGCCAUAAUCGCCCAACCAUCAUUGUUUACGGUGGUACCAUCCAACCCGGUGUACGCCAAGUCGACUGUCCUGCCCUCGGUUACAAGAAGGGCGAUGACAUGACCGCUGUGGAUGCUUUCGAGUCUUACGGUGCUUACACCGUUGGCAAGAUCAGUGAGGAGGAGCGAUUUGACGUUGUCCGUCACUCAUGCCCGGGUCCUGGUGCAUGUGGAGGCAUGUUCACGGCCAAUACGAUGUCAAGCGCUCUUGAAGUCCUUGGAUUGUCGCUGCCAUAUUCGUCUAGUACUCCAGCUGUUUACCAAGAGAAAGCUCAGGAGUGCUACAAGGCCGCCAAGUACCUCCGCAAACUUCUUGAACUGGACCUCAAACCAAAAGAUAUCCUGACCCGCAACUCCUUCCUCAACGCGAUCGCGAUCGUGAACGUUCUCGGUGGUUCAACCAACUCAGUUCUCCAUUUGCUCGCCAUGGCUCGAUCAGCAGAUAUCGACCUUACCAUCGAUGACUUCCAAAAGGUCGCCGACAGGACACCCUUCCUCGCUGACCUUCGACCUUCCGGUAAGUACGUCAUGGAGGACCUGCACAAAGCUGGUGGUAUCCCGGCUCUCGUCAAGUACCUCCUCAAGAACAGCGACUUAAUUGAUGGUACUCAGCUUACCGUUACCGGCAAGACCCUUGCUGAGAACUACGAGGAUGUCCCUGAGCUGGAUUUCGACAAGCAAGACGUAGUCAAGAGGAUCGAGACUCCUAUCAAGAAGACUGGACACUUGACCAUUCUCCGUGGUAAUCUUGCACCUGGAACUGCUGUCGCCAAGUUGACUGGAAAAGAGGGUGGUCGCUUCGAGGGAACUGCCAAGGUUUUCGACAGCCUUGACCCUUUCUACCCUGCCCUCGAGAGAGGCGAGGUGACUGCCGGGCAAGUCAUCAUCCUCCGUUAUCAGGGGCCUAAGGGUGCGCCUGGUAUGCCAGAAAUGUUGGGUCCUACUGGUGCUCUCAUGGGAGCAGGUCUCGGUGGAAAGACCGCCUUGAUCACAGACGGUCGUUUCUCUGGUGCUUCUCGUGGUUUCAUCAUCGGUAAGUCCAGUCACGUCGUCCCCGAAGCUAUCAAUGGGGGACCCAUCGCACUUGUCAAGGAUGGUGAUAAAAUUAUCAUCGAUUCAGAGACUCGCACCAUCAACUGGCUUGUUGAUGAUGAUGAACAAGCUCGUCGUAAGGCGGAGUGGGAAGCUGCUGGUCCUCAUGAGUUCCGCGAGAAGAGGGGUAUCUUGUACAAGUAUGCCAGGGACGUCGCUCCCGCCAACGUCGGCGCAUACACUGACUAGAAAAGGUUGGAAUCUUGGACAGAUGGGGUGAGGAUAUUCUUGGUUUUGUCUCAACAGUCGGAGAAAAAGAGAACUGUAUCGAUAACAAUGUUUGUAUGCUUCAAUUUACGAGAACCGGGAUGCCUGUCAGGUUAUAUUAUCGUGUGUGUUGGGUGGAAAAAUAUUGAUGGUAUAUGAGAAUACAGAAUGAGAUAUGCGAGACUACAACUAUAUGACCCUAUAUAUGUGAUAUACACGAUGCAGAAACGUUCCGUGUGUACUGCAACAAGACCAGCAUU